AUUAAAGAGAGGGUGUUGACAGUAGAUGAGCCGUCUCUGAAGAGCACACUGAGACUGUAUGCACAAUCUUAUACUCAACGCAGAGGAUCAGAAAUCAUGAAGUUUCUCAUACUGGCCAUCACCACACAUGUUCUCCUGUGCUGUGUAAAUGGAGACUGGUGGAACGAAUAUGAAGAGGCCUUAAAAUACUACAGUCAAGAAGAGCUCAGUCAGGAGCAACCAGGGAAAAUUCGGCCCCAGAGCUUCCAGCACCCUCCAUUCCAAUGUCCAGACAUGAGCCCCUCUCCCACCAUACCCACCUCAGUGGAGCGAGUGAAAGCAGCGGACAUCAAAGUCAUCGCAGCUUUGGGAGAUUCUCUGACUACUGCCAUUGCAGCCAAUGCUUCUAACAUCCUGGGAGUGCCAUUUGAGUAUCGUCACGUAUCAUGGAGUAUUGGGGGUCAUGGAACAUAUCACGAUGUUAUCACUCUCGCCAACAUUGUGAAACUUUUUAACCCAAACAUCCUGGGCCCGGCCCCACUGCGGACCUUACACAAUCACCCCACAACUCUUAACGAGACUGGCUUCAAUUUAGCCGUCACUGGACACAACACAGUAAAUUUCUCUGAACAGGCCAGAAACUUGAUUGACACCUUCAAGACCUACCCAGGCUUGAAUUUUGAAGAGGAUUGGAAGUUGGUGACUAUCUUAAUUGGAAUGAAUGACAUCUGUGAUUAUUGUAAAGACAAAACAUUAUUUUCCCCUGACAGCUUUAUCCACUACCUCACCGAGUCUCUAGAGAUGAUGAUGAAUGAGGUUCCUCGAAUGAUCGUGAACAUGGUGCAGAUCCUUACCAUGAAGCCUCUGAGAGAAGUGAAGAAGCCCAACCUGGGCUGCAUACUUCAAAAAAAAUUCUGUUCUUGUUUGGUCUUGCCUGACGAGAACUCAACUGAACUGGCAGAGCUGGUCGAAGCCAACCUGCAGUUCCAGAGGAAGCUGGAGGAGCUCUUGAACAGUGACCGUUUCUUCAAAGAAGAUUUCGCAGUGGUCCUUCAGCCCUAUCUCACCCAUGCCAACCCACCCAGACUAGCAGAUGGCACAAUUGACCUGAGUUUCUUCACUCCAGACUGCUUCCACUUCACCAUCAAGGGUCAUGAGGAACUCGCUAAGGGUCUCUGGAACAACAUGUUUCAGCCUGCUGAUAGGAAGCAGAUGAUCAAUAGUUUCUCAGAUCCAGUAGAACUCAUCUGUCCAUCAGCGGAGCACCCUUACAUCUACACCAGGCCCAAAGCUCUGUCCUCUGCAAAGUCUCUGCAAAUCACCUGGACUCUUAUGACCCUCACUGGUCUCCUUACUGUCUGGAUGAGUGUAUAUUAAGCACCUUCUCAUUCCCUCCAUCUGCUUCAGUACUGUUUUUAGCAUGCACAGAAAAAAAUAAUGCAAAUAUAUUACAAUGGUUUUGGCAGUAAUUAUGUAGAUGUAGUAUAUUUUAUUCAUGUGGAAAUUAUGUGCACAUUUAAACAGAGUAAAUUUAACGCAUCACCUCAUUUCAGUGUGCCCUCGUUGACUUUGCUACACAACUUCCCCUCGGCUAAAUCCCAAGCACCAUCGUAACGACAGUGACUUGUGAUGAUACAUGGUGCAGCCAGUGUGCAGUGGACUUUAAAUGACCCAUUGGACUGGCAAACAUCAAUGUAAACCUGAGCAACAGAACUUGCCCAGAAAACACAGAGGCAAUUUCCUUUUCAAGCACAAAACAUGAAUGUCAGAAAGAGCAGCUCGGCUAACCACCAAGCAAAAACAAGAAAGAAGAGCAGUGCACCAAGGUUCUCAUUUAAAAGCUGAAUAUUUAAGCCAGACAAUUCAAUUGUAAUUCAAUUACAAACAAAGUUAAAGUACUUUACACUAAAAAGAAAAUGGGAUAUAUCACAAAGUUUGGUUAGCUAGCUAGCUCACUGAAGCUAGCCACUUAGCUAAGCAAUGGAGAUGUGACAUACUAUGUUUAGCUGUUGAAUCAUUCAUUGAAAUCGCCGUCAUCUCACUGAUAUGAUUUCUUCAAUGCCAGCUCAGCAUGGUGUAUUUUUGUGUUUACUUCAGAGUCGUGUGGGGAAGUUAGCAUGCUAAAAACAGUGUUGAAGCACAGUGCCUGCCGCUGUGCUAGUCCUGUACUUUGGUUCCAUUGAGUUUAUCACACUUAGAACACACCUUAUCACCGACUUUAACAGCCGAGCAAAGAAAACAAUGAUUAGGUUUCAUUCAUUAUUAGUGCUGGGCUAAAACACAGGCUUCCAGUGCUUAUUACUACAAGCAAUGCAGCUAUGAAUGACAGAAUAGUCCGUAAAUGAGCUGCUGUGAAUGAACAACUACAAUUGUAUGUAUAUAGUUAUUAAAUAUAAACAUGUUUGGUAAAUAUUGAAAAUUAUGCAUGUAUUAAUAGUGUGUAUAUCAUUUUUUAAAAUAUAUACUUUAUUUAUAAGGAAUCGCAGAAAAACACAACCCAUGCUAAUAAUGACAAUACGCAAUCAGAAAUAGUAACUAGCACCAGAGCAUCUAGAACAAAAAAGGGAAAGAAAAGAAGAAAAAGAAAGAAGGAAAAUAAAUUUAAAAAGUAAAAAUAAAAUACAGGCUGUCGAGUUCAAGCAUUACAAAGAAUAAAUGACAAUAGAUCAAACUGGAAUAUAUCCAAUAUCAGACUAGGACUGGUAUCAGACUAGGACCCUUCCAGACUAUUCAAAACCACUCCCCAAACACUCUGGAAGCGUUUAUAUGAUUUAGCAUCAUUGCAAUGUAACCGAUCCAUUUGUAUAAUGAAUAACAUCUCAUUUAAAAACCUGUUAAAGCAUGGUGCCACUGGGGAUUUCCAAGAUAAAAGUCUGACUUUUUUAGCUGCAACCAUACCCGCCAGCAAUGCAGCAAUAAAUUUGGACACCAAGUGUCUGUGUGUAUAUAAUUUUGAAUGUCAUUAUUUUAAUGAAUAAAUGAGCAA